AGGGAAUUUAACAUGGCAUGGCAAGUGGAUAGGUGGAGCAUGGAAGAAUCAUUAGGUUAAGGUUGCCAUUCAAAGCGAGAAACCCUUUUUUAUCUUUUGAUCAAAACCAUGUAACCAUGUAACCAUGUGAUGGGAUAGGAUGUAGCAUGGUGCUAUGAUGUAAUAACAUUUAUGGAUGGAUUAGUUAAUUUAUAAAUGAUCCAUGCACCAUUAAUAACAUUGUUUUUCAUGGAUAUGUGUUAAUGAAAAACAAUGUUUAUGGAUUUACUUAUCUAAUAUGCGUGUGUCUCGGUUGGAUGCACUGUUGAUGGAAAGGAUCCGAAGGAUUUGCAGCAGGAAAUCAAUGAUGGGGAAGAGGUGCAGCUCAAAAUAUAAUUCCAAGUUCUACCGGUGCUGCAAAGGCUGUUGGAAAAGUUCUUCCCGAGCUAAAUGGAAAACUCACUGGAAUGGCCUUUCGUGUUCCUACUCCUAAUGUUUCUGUUGUGGACUUAACCUGUCGGCUUCAAAAGAAUGCCUCCUAUGAAGAUGUUAAAGCAGCAAUAAAGCACGCUUCAGAGGGACAAUUGAAGGGAAUUCUUGGAUACACAGAUGAGGAUGUUGUCUCUAAUGACUUUGUUGGUGAUUCAAGGUCGAGUAUCUUUGAUGCUAAGGCUGGGAUUGGGCUUAGUAAGUCCUUUGUGAAGUUGGUCUCGUGGUAUGACAAUGAGUGGGGUUAUAGAUUGCAGACAUAUCUGAUGCCCCUCCAACAGAGGAAGAACCAGUUGAAGCCCAUUCCUACAAAGACAAACCAAGUCAAGUUUUUCACCACCCUGGCUCCUCCUCUUGCUGCUGCAUUCCUGCUUUUUUCUCCAAUUUGCAUCACUCUAGUUUCAAGUGCCCAAACCCUAGAUAUCCUAAGAGGAGCCUCAUUGUUCCGUCAAACAUGUAUUGGAUGUCACGAUGCAGGUGGAAACAUUAUACAACCAGGAUCAACUCUAUACACAAAGGAUUUACAAAGAAAUGGAGUUGAUACAGAAGAAGAAAUCUACCGCGUCACAUACUAUGGCAAAGGAAGAAUGCCGGGAUUUGGUAAAGAAUGCAUGCCUCGAAGGCAGUGUACAUUUGGAGCUCGUUUGGAAGAUGAAGAUAUCAAGAUAUUGGCUGAGUUUGUCAAAUUGCAAGCUGAUAAAGGGUGGCCAAGUGUAGAAACCGAAGAAAAAUGAUUUAGCAAUUGAAAUUUCUCCUCCAUCCUGUCCUAAUUAAUUGGUACAGAGUCAUUCAUUUAAUCGAUUUAUGUACAUUAGUGUUUUUAUAGGUUUUGGAAUUUUCUUAUAACAAUUUUUGUGGUGUGUCACAAUAAUUAAAUAGAUAAAAUAACUCAUCUGAAGUGAUUUAAAGUGAAAAUGUGUUAUUGCGAGAGGGUAUAAAUAACAUUUCUAAAGGAAAUAUGUUAUUGUAAAAGGUAUCAUUAACAUAAAAAUAGUGGAAUUUGACGAGAGUCACACAUGUUAUUCUACAUGAAAAACUAUUUUUUUCAUAAUAGUUUUUAUAUUGAUAACCAUCAAAAAAGGAUUCUCAAAAAUACAAAUUAGAAAGAGAUAUAUUGAGUCUAUAUGGAUUUAAGUCGUCUUUACAUCAUCAUCAUGGAAUCAUGGAACAAAGUAUACAAUUAAUAUCUGAUGAGAAGCGCUUAGGUUCUCAGAUUUUGAUUUUUGAUAUUCAUAAGAUUGCAGACAUAUCUGAUGCCCCUCCAACAGAGGAAGAAAUAGAUGACCAUAUCGUAUGCAUUGAGAAUAUAAUAAAGAGGAAUUGUCCUGGUUACCUGUUUUGAAUUCAUCUUCAUAUAUAAUUUAAUAUCUUUUAGAA